CGGCGGAUUUUUUGAAUGGAUACACUACACAACACUAAAAGUAACCCCAAUAUACUCGAACCUUCCCAACCAUAACCUACCACACAUUACACCACACACCUUUUCCCACUGUUUUCCACCAAAAAUCUCUCUUUCGGAAGAAAAAAAAAGAGAGAGAAAGAGAAGAAAGAUUCCUUUUUGCAAAAACAUUAAAAAGAAGAAGAGAUUCGAUGCAAAUUAUUUUUGCUCGUAGCUCUUCUGAGCUUUCAUCCUAAAAGAAAAGAAGAAGAAGACGAAGAAGGAAAAAAACAAUCAAACUCCUAUCAAAAAGUUUCAAUUUUAUUCGAUUUCUCUUCUCCAGCAAAAGAUACCCCAUUAUUAUAUUUUUGUACUACUACUACUACUACUACCACCAUCACCAUCUCUUCGAAUCCAAUCACGAACAUUCCCUCGGAGCCAAUACCCAUCGCUUUCUCUUUGGCAACACCAUCCAUCCCAUUACCACACAAUACAACAUCAGGUCUGCCAGUAAGACAGUCAACUCGGUUUAAGAAGUUGUUGGCACGAAACUUGACAUUCUGUUUAAAGCUGUACAUUUCAGCCUAGUCGAGCAUCUACCCAGCUCACACCUCACACCUCACGGCUCCCUUUAAUCAUGGCUUCACCAACUGAAGCAACGGUUCCCGCCAUCCCGCCAACCUCUUCCUUGGAACCCAGUACCGUCAAUCCAUCACUGGCCGAUUCUCCAUUAACCAACGACUCAUCAAGCACAUCUUCGUCCGAUGCAAAUGGAGGAAGCACGCCAGCAAACACCUCUGCUAGUCGUACACCUUCAAUCAAGAGGCCAAAGCUUGGUACUAGAAAGUCUAGCGGUACUAUAAUAGUACCGCGCGAACACCCGCGCGUGGAAUUAAAAGAAGGGGACGAGGUCUUCGACGAGGAUGAUGCAAGAGCAAUGAGUCCAAGGAGGAACAGUGAGGAUUUGGAGAAGAUGAGUCAAGAUGCUAGAGCGCAACUCAACGAACACGCUAAACUUCUUCAACAAUCUCUCCUCGAAAUAUUUAAUCGAAUCGAAGCUGUCAAAGAGGAACACGAUAAACUCGAUAACAACAACAAAUUCUUACAGAAGUACAUCGGAGACUUAAUGUCCACGUCUAAGAUUACAUCUACUGGUGCUGGGGGCAGAAAGAAAUAGCCACUAGCCGUGGAAACCAAGGAAAUCGAGGAGGUAUGUCGAAAACGGAAGGCAUCGCGGCAUCAAGGCUGGUCAAGUCGAAAGAAGAAUAAACAUACCAAAGAGGACCGAGAGGUAUGACAUGAUGCGCGGGACCAGGAAAAAGGCGAACCAAAUAUUGAUACCCCUCAAACACACACGAUCACACACAUCCCGCUUUCAUUAACGACUCAUGAUUUUUCUCCAUAAUGAUCAUUGCAAAGAGCUUGCAAAGAGAUCACAAGAAAGAUCACUUCCACCAUACUACUUUACGACACUAUCCACUCAUUUCCUGGUCUCCACACAAACUUAUACGUCUCAUCUUAAAUAACACAGCUGGCUGUACAUCAACACCGGCAUCAAAUAUCUGCUGCAACGACAACGACCAAGCGACUCAGGGGACGAAGAUGAGGAGGCAUUACAACGGCGUACUUUUCGGCUUGGGUUUUCUGGUUCAAUCUAAUUCAUCGAACAUCCUGGGGGCUUUAUCUCAGAACCUCCUUUUUUGAUUACUCGGUUUGGGCACUUGCUUUCGUUUUUGGCAAUGGGGGGUAGGCUCCAUCAUGGCAUUAUUGGCAUGGCUUGGCAUUUGUGAUUUUUCUUUUUGGCUUCUAUGAUGACAUUGCAUUUGGAACUGGCUUUGGCAUCACUUUCAUCAUUUAUCAUCAUCAGCGACAGGCGUUUAAUUUCUUUUUUGAAUUCAAAUUCUUUCGUUCCUCAUUUGGUAUCCUCAAUUCGACGAACACAUACAAAUCACACAUACUUUUUACGGGAGAGCAAAGUCAGCAAUGCUUAUCUCUGGUUCUGUGGACAAAGUCGCGAUACAACACGAUACCACACCAUACCCUCGGAGUAAACAUUAGACUGGAAUGCAUAGGAUGGAACGAUUGAAACCCGGAGAAGUGGCGAGGAAGGUAAAAGAAACAGAGCUGAUUCGAAGAACAUUCAUAUUGUUAUUCAUGAGUGAUAUUCAUGAGUGAUCAGUGGGGAUAGGGGGUGCAAUCAUGUUUUGGGGAGUAAAUGGAAUGGAUGGGGUUUGGGAAAGGGUUUUGGAAAGUGGUUGCUGGAGGAGCAGAGAGGGAAGAGAAAGUGUGUAUUAUAGAUGCAGUACAAUACAACACAACAAUACAAAUUUAUGGUUUAA